AUUAUGAAAUAUCUCCAACAUGCCGCAAGUUUAGCUCUAUCAGUUAAUACUCAUUUUCUUUCUUUGAAGAUAUCUCUUUACUGAAUAUGGAAAUAGAUCAAGGGGGUAGUGGUAGAAUGGCGGAACGUGUAGAUGAAUAUGAUGACAGUAAUAAUGGACUAAGUAUAGGUCCGAGUAGAAGUAUGAAAGAAAGAGCAAGUUAUUUGGUGUGGCAAGAUUUAAGAGCAAUGAUCCCGAGCGCUGGUGAUGGACCGACCAAGCGGUUGCUCAACGGUCUUAAUGGAUUUGCCGAACCAGGUCGAAUCAUGGCUAUCAUGGGACCUUCUGGUUCAGGCAAAUCCACACUUCUUGAUGCAUUAGCAGGUCGACUAUCAAGGAAUGUGGUGAUGAGCGGAAAUAUUUUACUCAAUGGAGAGAAGAAGAAACUAACCUAUGGUGCUGUCGCCUACGUGACACAAGAAGAUGUUCUAAUGGGAACCCUCUCGGUUAGAGAAACGAUCACUUAUUCAGCCCAUUUAAGGCUUCCUACGACAUUAUCGAAAGAAGAAGUCCAUGACACGAUAGAGGGGACAAUAAUGGAGAUGGGGCUUGAGGAUUGUGCGGAUAGAUUGAUUGGAAAUUGGCAUUUGAGGGGUAUAAGUGGCGGCGAGAAGAAAAGGCUAAGCAUUGCGCUUGAAAUCCUUGUGAGACCACGCCUUUUGUUUUUGGAUGAACCAACAAGUGGUCUUGAUAGUGCCUCUGCGUUUUUUGUGGCUCAAGCUCUAAAAAGUGUGUCGCGUGAUGGAAGAACCGUCAUUUCUUCCAUUCAUCAACCGAGUAGUGAAGUUUUUGCGUUGUUUGAUGACUUAUUUCUUUUAUCUGGAGGCGAAACUGUCUAUUUUGGAGAAGCAAAGGAAGCUAUAGAGGUUUUUUUUGCAGAGUCGGGGUUUCCAUGUCCAAUCAAGAGAAAUCCAUCCGACCAUUUUCUACGUUGUAUUAAUUCAGAUUUUGACGUCGUAACAGCUACACUCAAAGGAUCAUCAAGAAUGCUCCAAGAGCAAGAAGAAUCGGACCCAUUUAUGAAUUUGGCAACAGCACAGAUCAAAGCAACGCUAGUAGAGAAAUACCGGUGGUCAAAACAAGCUGCAAAAGCCCGGUCAAAGAUGAAACAGCUCUCUGCAAUCAGUGGGAUGGACACAGGGCCAAGUAGUGCAAGCCAAGCCGGAUGGUGGAAACAGCUUAGGACUUUGACCAAACGAUCUUUUGUGAACAUGUCAAGAGACAUGGGAUACUACUGGUUGCGUAUAAUUAUCUAUUUAGUUGUAUCAAUAUGUGUCGGGACAAUCUUCUUUGACGUUGGAACCGGUUACACAGCCAUAAUAGCCAGGGGAGCCUGUGGUGGUUUCAUUACGGGCUUCAUGACUUUCAUGUCCAUUGGAAGCUUCCCUUCGUUUAUCGAAGAUAUGAAGAUGUUUAGUCGUGAACGACUCAAUGGGUACUAUGGGGUUGGAGUGUUUGUAUUAUCAAACUUCCUAUCUUCGUUCCCAUUCUUGGUCGCGGUUUCCUUCAUCACGGGGACAAUUGCAUGGAACAUGGUCAAGUUCAAUGAUGGGUUCUCACGCUAUGCUUUUUACUGCCUCAACAUCUUUGGCUCGAUUGCAGUGAUCGAGAGUUGUAUGAUGAUCGUGGCUGCUCUAGUUCCCAAUUUCUUGACUGGACUUGUUAUUGGGGCAGGAGUCUUGGGGGUUAUGAUGAUGACAUCUGGUUUCUUUCGACAACUUCCUGAUCUUCCAAAGCCAUUUUGGCGCUAUCCUGUUUCUUACUUAAACUAUGGAUCCUGGGCUAUACAAGGAGGAUACAAAAAUGAUCUGUUAGGGUUAGUGUUUGAUGGAUUAGCCCCAGGAGACCCGAAAAUCACAGGGGAAGAAGUUAUAACAAAGUUGUUCCGGUUGCCAUUGAGUCACUCAAAAUGGUGGGACUUGUUUGCAAUAUUCGGGCUUCUUGUGAGUUACAGAACCAUUUUCUUUCUGAUUCUCAAGCUGAGGGAAAAGGCGGUGCCAUUUUUCCAGUCCAUGUAUGCAAAGAGAACUAUACAUCGUCUGAAAAGGCGAGCCUCAUUCGUGAAGUUCCCAUCUUCAAGACGAUACAAAAACCUUCGGUCGUUGUCGUCACAAGAGGGCCUCAACUCCCCAAUUUCGUAGCUUUAAACGUAUAGAACAUUACCUAUUUACUAUACAAACUUGAUGGUAAUAAAAGUGAUAUCCAAAUCACUACUCAUAUACACAUCAUUUAUACAAAGAUAUUGUUUUAGUUUGUAUUA